AUAUUUUGCUCAACUCCUCUAGAACGGCGCAGUUUAGCGCCAGUCACGCCGUGACAUUUUCUCGGGAAAAUUUCAACUGACAGGGAAGAAUUUGAGAGCGAAGAGAGAGAAAAUGGCAACGAAGGAGACGGAGGAAUUUGUAGAAGCAGACAAAGCAGAGGCGAUCAUCACAAGAAUCGAACACAAGUCUCGGAAGAUUGAAAGUUUACUCAAACAGUCGAAACCCGUCGAGGCUCUCAAAACUGCUCUAGAAGGCUCACCUCCCAAGACCAGAGAUGAGCGAUGCAAGUCUGCUAAUUGGAUAGUGGUCCAUAGAGCAAUAAUGGCCAUUAAAGAUGUGGGUGCGAUGUUCUCUGCUUUGGAUCCUGAAUAUUAUGAUAUCCUCAUGAAGUACUUGUAUAGAGGCUUGUCAACUGGAGAUCGCCCCACAUGUGAGCAGUGUCUAAAGAUUCAUGAAAAGCUUACAGAAAGAGCUGGUUUAGGAUGCAUACUCCGCGCCCUGGCAGACACAGAAAAUACAGUUUGAUUUCUGUGCUUCACUCCUUUUAUCUUAAAAUUUUCUGAGAACUUGAUAGACUCUCAUGUGUAUCCAUAUUGCAAAUGAUAGUGUAGUUGAUGGCCUUAGAAGUAUCAGACACAAUAUACAAGAAGCUUUCAUAUGUCCUGUUUAGAAGCCCUCUUCUAAAUAUUUCAUGAUAAAUCAUCAAUGUAUAUCUUCAGGGGCUUUUGCUAUUUCUCAGAUCUUUUGACAAGAAUUUGUGCCUUCAGGUUUCCUCCUGAAGUAUAUAUAUAUAUAUUCCAUCAUUUGAUGGCUGCUUGACUUCCAUCAUUUUCUCCCUCA